AUGGUUUUUGACCUCUUCAGUAUAAUGGGGGCAUAUGCUGCUGGGAGCAGCCAGACUUUAUCCACACAAAUGUAUGUGAUAAUCUUAGUCAUCCUUGUUCAUAUUGUACUAUUUGUGGACGCAAGAGUUCCUGAUGGAUCAGCUCAGCAGCAAGAUGAUAACGCUGAAGCAAAACAUUUGCAGAAGCGGCACAAGUUUCUAAUGCUGCUUGCAGUUCUGGCAACAUCCAGCACAUAUCAAGCCGGCAUAAGCCCACCAGGUGGCUUCUGGACUAACAACAGAGAUGGCCACCAGGCAGGUCACCCAUUGUUCAGCGAUGCGUUUCCACGCCGUUACAAGGCUUUCAUCUACUUCAAUUCCACUGCUUUCAUCGCAUCAUUGGUUUUAGUUGUGUUGCUUGUUAGCAGAAGGCUGUGUCACAGGGGACUGCAGGGAUACACACUGCGUGCAUGUGUGCUACUAGAUCUGAUCAGUCUUAUGGGUGCUUUUGUCGCUGGAAGCUGCAGAACAGUGUCGGCAUCGGUUUAUGUCAUCCUGAUCUCGGCUGUUGUUUUUGCCUGUAUCAUGAUUCAGGUUCUACUACUGAAAUUUGCAAAAGAUGUGGCAAUUGACUUCUUUGACUGGAUGUUUCACAUCACUGCUUUCAAGCGUCUGAAUUUACCCAAGAAUUGUGAUGGAAGCAUCAAAGGGAACAAGAAAACUAGCCAAAAAUGGCGUGAAGAUUUGAUGCUGAUUGGAGCUUCCGCAGUGUCUUUUUCUUACCAAGCUGGGAUCCUUCCUCCAGGUGUCCUCUGGCCUGGUGACCGCGAUGGCCAUUUCACAUGUGAUCUAGCCAUCUAUGAUACACAUCCGAUGCAGUAUAAGGUAUUCUUCUACUGCAAUGCCACAGUGUUCAUGGCAUCGACGGUCGUAGUUAUCCUGCUGCUGAACACCACAAUGAGGAAGUACAAGAGAUAUGCCCUUGCCAUGAAAACAGCAAUGAUGAUGGGCAUGCUUGGUCUGCUCGGGGCGUAUGCUGCAGGCAGUUGCAGGACUUGA